UGGUGGUGCUUCGUGCCCAUACGCAAAAUUGACUUGCUUGCUUGUUUGCUUCCCCAAAGUCAAUCCUGCCUUUGCUUCGUGCCUUCUUGCUUGCUUGCUUGCUUGCUUGCUUUGCCAACAACCAAAACACAGCAACUUGGCGAAGAGCGCGCCACUGCACACACCAGACAAACAGAGUAAACGCAAACACCAAGCAACCCCCCCCCCUGACUCUCUCCCAAAGCACACACACACACACACACACACACACACACACACAUACACACACACACACACACAUAUAUAUACACACACACACUAGAGGGCAUGGCGUCAAGGGUGUACACGCACGAGGACUGGAGGCAAGAGGGCAACCGAACACCGCUGUCGUCAACCGUGCUGGACGAUCCGGGCCUGCACAGCGCCAGCGUGUCUCGUUCUACACGCGUGGAACGUCACAGAAGCCACAGCAACAAUGGCCACAAUCACCACCACGACGUGCCGGUGCAGCACUCGCCUCGCAGCGCAUUCACGCCAACACGCACCCCUGUGCGCGUUAACGGCAGCCGGAGCAGUAACCGCAGCCACCACAGCCACCACCGCCACCACCGCCACCACCACCACAACCACCACCACCACUCCCACCAUGAUGGUGAUGCCGAUGACUUUCGCCCAAGCAGCGUGCGCCGCGAUCCCAGCGGCACCAGCUUUCUGGAGCAGUCGUAUCGCAGCCAAGGUGACGUGUCCAUGGACGGCUACUACCGCCGCGCUGCGCAGCGUGAGCUCGAUGCGUCUGUGCUGCGGGAGCGAGAGGCGCGCGCUCGCGAAACACAGGCCAGGUCAGAGGCCGCGCAGGCACACACCUCGCUGAUCGAGAGCCGAGUGGCCGAGGAGCUGUCGCGAGAGAACGCUCGUCAGCUGGCGCGAGAACUUGCUCGAACACGCGACGACCUCAACUCCUCCCGCGUGGAGGAAGAGCGCCUGCGCGACGACAUGGACCGCUCGCUGACGUCACUGGAGACGCGCGUGCGGCACUCCGAGGACACGGCACGGCGCAUCAGCGAAACAGUCGCCCUCAAGUCCGAUGAAAUUGAGACCGUGCGUCUGCACCUCAAGCGCGCGCUGCAUGACAUUCGCACGCGCGACGAUGAGCUGCGAAGCAAGGACGACCAUAUCCGCCGCCUGGAGCACGAGCUGCGACUUCGAUCGGAUGACAUUGCCGACUUGAAGCUCUCCAAGCAGGACCUGCACAACACGGUUGUGGAGCGCGAUGAACACAUUAGUCAGCUUUCUGCCACGCUGCACGAAACAGAGCAGAGGCUGACGGACUGUGCCGAUGAGCUUGAAUCCACCAAGCUUGCACUGCGCGACGCCAACCGGCGCCUGGAGGAGGUUGAGCGCGACGCAAGCUUCAAGCACCGCCGGCACGAGAACGAUGUGCACGCACUGCAGCACGACCUGGAGGCCACGCGCGAAGCUGUGACGGCCCGUGACAAGGAGAUUGCGUUUCUUCGCGGGAAGAUUGACGAUCUGGAGCGCAGCCUGGAGGGCCAGCGCCGCGAAAUUCAAAUGCGCGACGAGCGGCUGGACAAGCGGCACGCAGAGGUGCAGUCGUGGACGAGCGAGUGUGAUCGCCUGCGCCUUCAGCUGGAGCAUGCGAGGCAGCGCAACAUUGAUGCUGCCAACGACCACGAGGGGCGACUCAAGGAGCAGAAGGCGCUGGAACAGGAGCUCUACUCCAAGAUCUCAGCCGUUGAAGUGCAGCGGGAUGUUGCUGUCGCUGCAAAGGAAGAUCUCAUCUCGCAGACGGCCCGACUCGAGCGCCAGAUUGCAGACCUGGAAGGCCAGAUCCGUUCCUUGCGCCGGGCGCUGGAGGAGCGCGACCAAGAGCUUGUUGAAGCAAACAUGUCUCUACCAAAGGAGAGCCGUCGCCGUGUGAACACGACAACAGCUGCAACAAAAACGACGCAGCGGCGUGCAACCGGGCAGCGCAGCAGCCUCAGAUCGAAAUGGCGAUACUGACGUGCGCACCCCAUCCACCUCGACCCAAUCAAGGAUGAUCUUGCGGCGCGCAUGACACCCUUCUUGCAACCACCGUUUUCAGUUUCGCUUUCCAUGCCCCACUUCUGCUCGCUCACUCGCUUGUUUGUUUCAUCUCCCAUCUGCUCUUUGUUCUUUCUUUCCGUCUUCUUGCUUGUUCAUCAUUUUGUUCAGUCUCAUGCAUGCAUGCUGUUGUCGUCAAGUUAUGUCACAUGCAACUGUUUAUACAACGCCUGAAACUAAGAUGACAUAACAGGG